CCUUGACUUGAUUUGGAAAUCGUGUAAGUUCCGAGACUGGUGCUUAGAGUUCAGUCUACGCUUGGGAAACAACCUGAAAACAUCGGUCGAAUAAAAAAAAAAGUAAAAAUAUAAAUUAAAAAAAAAUAAUAAAAUUAUAAACCAAAAAAUAUUUGUAUAAAAUAGUAAAUAAUAAUUUGUUAUUUUUAUUUCUACGAUUCGAGUGAAAUAAAAUGGCCAGUGCUAUUAAGAAGGUAAUUCCCAUGCUGGACAGGAUCCUUAUCCAGCGGUUUGAGGUUAAGACGACCACUGCGGGUGGCAUCCUUCUGCCGGAGGAGUCCGUCCCUAAAGAGAUGCAGGGCGUCGUAGUGGCCGUCGGCCCAGGUGCCCGGAAUCCAGCUGGAGCUGGGCACUUAUCCGUUGCAGUGAAGGAAGGCGACCGAGUGCUGCUCCCCAAAUACGGCGGCACUAAGGUAGACAUGGAUGACAAGCACGAGUACGUUCUCUUUCGUGAGAGCGACAUCCUGGCGAAACUGGAAUAAAACAUUGGUGCAAUUCUGCUCUCUACCACAAACAUCAACACCAAGACCUCCAUAAUCAAGCAACUACCACGCAAUUGCACUACAUAGGAACACCAAGGAUCACUAUGGAAGACACAGCCAUUCCUCUAAAAAGAAAGCAUACUAAAACAAAACUCUACCACAAUCAAAGUAUAUUCUAACUACUGCUCGAACUCCGGUCUAGAAUAGGCCACGAAUGUAGUGCCAAGAAAUUCUAGACCCCUUACACUUGCCAAGUCGCGCUGCAAAUGUACAACAUGCCGCAGACUUCUGUAUUUGCGCUAAUUGCGUUCGAAACUAAAUGAUUAACAUAAAAUGAUGUAUUUGGUAGCUCACCAAAAAGCUUACACACCAAGACCCCCUCAAAUAUAAAACAGUUUGUACUUUAUGUAAGGACAGUCCAACGAAA